AUGGCGGAACCCGAGCCGAUUGCGGUGGAUCCGGACACGUACGCUGUCGAAAGUGCGUACUUACCCGAUGACUGGCAAUCCGAAACCACCUCUAUCGGAUCGUCUAUUUAUCGAGGAUUGAUUGAGAAUGGCAGACGCUACCAAGCACUUCGAAACAAGGAGUACCUUAUCCCGGCGGAUGACGCGCAAUUUGAAGCAUAUGAAGCAGGACAUCUCUGUGCUCUUAUUCUAGAGUCAAAUUAUGAUAAUCCAUUCUUCCGGUCUCCAAUUGGCCCAUCACCGGGGCACAUCCUAGAUAUCGGUACCGGAAAAGGAACGUGGGCAAUCGAUGUUGCCGAUAUGUUUCCAAAUGCCACCGUCCGUGGAGUCGACCUGUUUCCUCCACCAGUCUCUUGGGUGCCCCCGAAUUGCAUUCUUGAAGUCGACGACGUGCAGCAGGAAUGGACCUGGCAUGAAAAGUUUGAUCUCAUCCACAUGCGGAUCAUGAUUGGAUCCUUCGACGAAGGAGAAUGGGAGCGUCUAUAUAAGCUAUGUUAUGACAACUUGAAACCAGGAGGAUGGAUCGAGCAACUGGAAGUCAGCCCCGUGAUUCAAACUGAUGAUGGAAGCUUGCCGCCCGAUAACAUCUUGAACGACUGGGGCCCGAACAUGCUGGCCUGUGGUGAACGAGCCGGUCGAGCCGUCGACACUUUCGAUACAAUGACCAACAAGAUCCAAAAUGCAGGAUUCACCAACGUCCACCAGAAACACUACAAAUGGCCCAUUGGACCCUGGCCUCGAGAUAGGGAACUCAAAGAGGCCGGUUUGGUCAAUCACCAGCACUGGAGUUCCGGUAUGGAAGGCUGGUGCAUGUGGCUGCUCACCAGAUUUGGAAGUCCCCAUCCCUGGAGUCAGGAGGAGGUUCAGGUAUAUGUGGCUCGAUUGCGGAAUGAGUUGAUGAAUCCACAUUUCCAUAUCUGGCAUAGGGGACGGCGUGUAUGGGCUCAGAAGCCACUGGAUGGCAGUCCAACCCCGACGAAUAAAUGA